AUGGUGAAGAAAUCUCCCUUUGCACCGAUUUCAAUCCCAUCAUGCAACCUCCUCUCGUUCCUUUUCCCCCCAGGCUCACAGCUGCAUUCCGCCACCGAUCCUAUCUGGCUUGAUGCUGCCAACCCUGCCCUUCAGCUCUCCACGGCCGCGGCCCUGAGUUGGAUCAGACGUCUGAGCUUGAGCUUGGAAACCCUCCGGGAUCAUGCAGGAGCACAGGUCGUGAAGAGGGGCGAAGUGGUACUUAUCCUUACGCCUAACCAGAUAUUCGUACCGGUGGCAUAUCUAGGCAUUAUCGGGUCCGGGAGAAUAUUUAGCGGCAUUAACCCGGCAUAUAGCGUUGAUGAAGUGGUAUAUCAAAUGAGCAACACCGAGGCCAGACUCGUUCUCGUUCAUCCUUCUUUAAUUGAUACGGCACUCACGGCGGCAAAGCGAGCUGGUAUACCUGCCGAUCGGUUGUUCCAGUUCUCAGAAACUGAGGUCAGUGCGCGAGAUGGAGUCCGUGACUGGCGUGACUUGCUAGCAGAUCCUGAGGAAGCGCGUAACUACCAAUGGCCGGAGCUGAGUCCCACUGAAGCGGUGGAGACAAUUGCAACGAUCAACUAUUCUUCUGGCACCACGGGCCUUCCCAAGGGCGUCUGCGUAAGUCACCGGAAUUUGAUUGCGAAUGUCUCGCAAGCGGAUUUUACACGCGAUGUCUUGAAACAAUAUGGCCCUGAAGGGCCCCCCAGGCACAAAUGGCUGGGCUUUCUGCCGCUAUAUCACGCAUACGGGCAAAUGGUAACCAUUCUUCUUGCAGUUCAUCUUCAAUUCCCUGUAUAUGUGAUGAAGAAAUUCGUGUUUGAAGACUUCCUCCAAGCCAUCCAAGAUUAUAAAAUUACACAUCUCCACCUAGUGCCGCCAAUCAUGGUGAUGCUAAGCAAACGGCCAGAGACAGCCAAGUAUGACAUGAGCAGCGUGCUCGAAAUAUCCUGCGGGGCCGCCCCACUGUCGCGUGAGCUGCAGAAUGAAGUAGCCAGGAAAUAUGGAGUAACCGUCAAACAAGGAUGGGGCAUGACGGAGGUCACCACGGGCGCCAUGCGAGUCCCCGCCUGCUUGAAAGACCAAACUGGCAGCGCUGGGGUGCUUGACCCAAACUGCGAGUGCAAGCUUCUAGACGACCACGGAAAUGAAGUCGCCGACGGGGAGCCCGGGGAAAUGUACAUCCGGGCGCCUAAUGUCGCCAUGAGAUAUUGGAAAAAUGAAGAAGCCACCAAAGAAACCAUGCUGCCGGAUGGCUGGCUUCGGACUGGAGAUAUUGCAGUCUCGCGCGGAGACUGGUUCUGGAUUGAGCUUAUCAAGGUUAACGCGCUCCAAGUGGCGCCAGCAGAGCUGAAAGCCGUCUUACUGGAACAUGAUGACAUUGCCGAUGCUGCUGUCGUAGGAUUGACACUAAAUGAUGAAGAAUUUCCACGUGCAUACGUGGUACUCAAAGAAGCUGCGAAACAGCGCCAGAAUCCUCCAACUCGAGGGCAGAUUCAGGAGUGGAUCAAACCCCGCGUUGCCAGACACAAGUGGCUAACGGGUGGUGUUGAGCUCAUAGACGAGGUGCCCAAGCUGCCUAGUGGCAAGAUUGUGCGGAAGCUGAUGAGGGAAUGGGCAAAAAGGGACGCAUCUAAGCUUCAGGGGCUGCGUAGAGCAAAAUUGUAG